UCCGUGCCAUCUCUCAACCAUUAGAACCACUCACUACUGGGAUGGCCUCUCGAGACGAUCCGAGUCUCCGUUAUCAAUCAAUGUGUUUUGCGAAUCCGACCGGAGUGGACGUUUCGUAAGAGUUUCGCUCGGGAAAGUAGUGUGAAAUAAAGGACGAACGUGCGUUGGGAAUAAGAACUCGGACGUUUCGGGACGUUUGCCAAGGCACGUGCUCUGCCGAGGAUACCCCCAGGGAAGAAGAAAUCAUGGCAUUCCAGAAACGAAGGAUAAUCUGGAUACUGAUGGCGAUCGCCAUCGAACAGACGUGUGGUAUCUACGAUCCACGAACCAACUCGGGUCCUAACAGGAACAUGAUGCCUCAAAUUCACGGCGAUUACAGUAAGGUCCACACUCACAAGUCACGAGCGUAUGAACCAAACUACGCCCGAAGUGACCAUAACCUCCACUAUCACUCAUCCGCAGCUUCCAAUCAACAACCUGUGUACGUACCGGCGGUAACGACCACUACCAGAACAGAGCCGCUGAUCCAGAAGCAAAGGGCCGAGAAGCUACAGUCAUCCUACACCGGAUACGGGAAUGAAAAUGCUAUCUUAGAUGCGAGUAAUCCAAAACUGAAGAACAGCCAGAAUUUUGAAAAUGCGGACAGCUUCACUGGACUGCAGUGUCCGCCGCUUCAGUCGGGUCAGUUCGUGUACAUUAUGGAUUGUAGGCAGUACCUGAACUGCUGGAAAGGCCGUGGUUACAUACAGAGUUGCGCUCCAGGGACGUUGUUUAAUCCGGAAACGAGUCAAUGUGACCAGCCGUCGAAGGUCAACUGUAUUACGUCCAACACGAUGGAUGGCUAUCAAAGCUUAGCUAGGCUUAGAAAACCAAAAAACUCCCAGUUGGCGUCGUAUGUCCAGGAAGAUUAUGACGACUCUAGGUAUGGACAGCCGACAGCAGCUCUGGAAGUUCGAUGUCCACCUCAUGUUAUAGGUCUGAGGGCACAUCCCACUGACUGUAGAAAGUUUUUGAACUGCAAUGACGGAGCGACUGUGAUUCAGGAUUGUGGACCAGGUACGGCCUUCAACCCGGCGAUUUCGGUAUGUGAUCAUAUCUACAAAGUUGAUUGUAAUAGAAAUGAGAAUUUGAUCCAUCACGGGUCAACCAAACAAACCAAUCCGGACGCGGAGGAAAUCGAUGUUGAGAGCGUCAGCUAUGACAUCGACGUACGGUUCCGAGGGGAUGACGAACCAGCAUUCAGCACCGUUCCUAGUAUUCCACUUCAAGCUUCAAGACCUAUCUAUCAACGACCAGCUUCCAGUGAUAUAAGACCAGUUUACGUAGCCCCUCCAACAACUACUCCAGCUACCACGACUCCCAAGAUGAACCAAGCAAAUACAAGGUUCAAUCCCACUUACUACCAAAAGGUUACUCCUAACCCACGAGAGUCGACAGUCGGCUCUACGGAAUUACCUCUGAGUGAAGCUUUAAAAAUGCUGCUCAAGCCAUUCAUGGGAAAUAAGGACGUCGACAUCAACAUGACCAGUCUUAAUACCAAGAUGAGUUCUACGACUCCACCAGCAGAUCUUAACGUUCUUGGAAUAAACCAAAGCCCCAAGCCAUCCAACAAGACUUCCGCUUACAUUGCAUCUCCGUACGAAAUCAACUCACAGCUCGGUGGAUAUCAAUCCGUAGUCUACGGUAUGCCAACCUACCGGCCCCCAGUACCAUUCCACCCCUCGUUCAACAGCCAGAACUUCAACCGUCAACAUGCCUCGUCGCCGAUUACCCCUCAACAGCAUCAACAGAAACAACAGCCCCAACAGUUCUACCCUGUGUUCCGGCCCCGUGCCACUACGACCAGUCCUCCCGUUAGAAGCCGAUUCGGUGAAGAAUCCUCCCAGUGGCGUCCAAUGGCUACGGUUACAACAACUAAACGACCCACGACAACUGCCGAUCCAUGCGAGGGUAAGUUCCUUUGUGACAACGGAAGGUGCAUCGAUCAGGCCAAGGUCUGCAACGGCAAGAACGACUGCGCGAAUCGGGCUGACGAACGCAACUGUAGCCAUCUCGGGUACGAAGUUCGGCUGUCGAAUAAACACCACGGACGGGUCGAGGUGAAGAUCUUGGACAAGUGGGGCUACGUCUGUGACGACAACUUCAGUCUGGAAGCCGCCAAUGUGCUCUGCCGGGAGCUCGGUUAUGAAACGGGUGCCUUGGAGUUGAAACCUCACUCGUUCUACCCACCGAACGCUGCCAUGAUGCGGGACGGCAGUCCGGUGUUCAUUAUGGACGAAGUCCGGUGCAGCGGAAACGAGACUUCGUUGAGGGAAUGUGACUUUGCCGGGUGGGGCGUUCACGACUGCAAUGCCGAGGAAGUGCUGGGUGUGGUUUGCAAGACUCCGAAGAUGACCUGCCCGCUGGAUUAUUGGCUGUGUGAUACGUCGGCGGAAUGCGUCCCGGUGGGAUUCCUGUGCGACAACGUCAACGACUGCGCCGAUGGUUCGGACGAAAGCGUUGCGCAUUGCAAUGCACCCCUAGAGAUGAGACUAGUGGAAGGUCCAACGAAACAGGAAGGUCGUGUCGAGGUGAAAUACCGUGGAAUCUGGGGUACCAUUUGUGAUGACGACUUCGGCAUUCAGGAAGCUCGCGUAGUCUGUCGCCAGCUAGGGUUCAACGGUACGGCAGAAGUUCGCAAGAACAAGUACAAACAAGGCACCGGACAAAUUUGGUUGGAUCAGGUGGCUUGCAGUGGUAACGAGACUUCGAUUGACGACUGUAUCCACUGGCACUGGGGAGAGCACAACUGUGGCCACGGUGAAGAUGUGGGCGUAAAAUGCGGCCUUACGGUGCAGGCUCCCCGGCCAACGUCGGCGCAGCUUCGUGCCGCCGGAAAGUCGUUCAAGCUCGAUUUUGUCGAGAAGUCCAGCAAAAUUUAUCCGGAUAGCUGCGGGCAGUUGCAAAUCAACCCAAACCUAGUAAAGCCUACCUACGGCUCUCGAGUGGUUCACGGUGGAGAAACUGUCUACGGUCAUCAUCCGUGGCAGGCGGCUUUGAGGGCAAAGAAGCAAGGAAAAUCGGUCCACUGGUGUGGGGCAGUUUUGAUUUCCAAGUACCACAUUCUGACGGCAGCUCACUGUCUGAUCGGUUAUCCCAAGGGAGCCUACAUGAUCCGUAUCGGUGACUACAAUACGGAUGCACUGGAACAGGCCGAGAUCGACAUCUUCAUCGAAGAUUACUACAUUCACGAAGAGUUCCGAGUUGGGCAUCAUAUGAACAACGACAUUGCCGUGGUGCUGCUGAAGACACCGAUUCGGUUUAGCGAGUAUGUCCAGCCGGUUUGUCUACCGGCGAAGAGUCAACCGUACCAGGAGGGAAUGAAUUGUACAAUCUCCGGAUGGGGUUCAACGCAGUCCGGUUCGUCAGUGCACUCACUGGAGCUGCGAGCAGCUAAGGUGCCUCUACUUUCGGACGCCACGUGCAACAAACCGGAAGUCUAUGGAAACAACAUCACCGAAGGAAUGUUCUGCGCCGGUACGCUGGACGGUGGCGUAGAUGCCUGCGAGGGCGAUUCCGGUGGCCCGUUGGUAUGCGCCAGUAGCCGUGGCCACACACUGUACGGAAUCAUAUCCUGGGGCCUGCACUGCGGCUACGCUAACAAACCGGGAGUUUACGUCAAGGUGGCUCACUAUCUGGAUUGGAUCGAGCAAAAGCUAAAACAAUCGCAACACACGUAUGGAGUAUAGUAGGUGGAGACGAUAAUUCUUGCCAGAGUGCCAUUGUAGUUCGUUGCCUUUAUCUUAAUGCCACACACAACCAAAGUGAAAUACUCAGACUUAGGGAGUACUCUAUGUAGAAUUAAAAAACCAACAAGCCGGAUGUUACCGUUUUUUACAGGAAUAAAAUAAAUCUUUUUACUAUUUUACACAAUACA